AUGAAGAAAGUAGUCUCAACAACAACUAUCGUUUACAUUCUGGCCACAACUCUACUAUUACUAGAUGGAUCAGUGGGGGAACCUAGAACUCAGACCGUUAAAAUCAUGUGUGGGAACCAACUUGAGCACAAUUCUACCCUUUACGUCCCAAACUUUGUUGCUACAAUGGAAAACAUCAGUGCACAGAUGAGAACUUCUGGUUUUGGAGUAGCAGUUACUGGUUCAGGACUUGACACUAACUAUGGACUUGCACAGUGCUAUGGCGAUCUUUCUUUACUUGACUGUGUUUUAUGCUAUGCUGAGGCACGUACUGUCCUUCCACAAUGCUUCCCUUUCACUGGGGGUCGCAUUUACCUCGAUGGCUGCUUUAUGCGGGCUGAAAAUUACAGCUUCUUUGAGGAAUAUACAGGACCAGGAGACAGGGCUGUGUGUGGGAAUACAACAAGAAAAAGUCCUACAUUUCAAGAGGCAGCAAGGAAGGCUGUGUUGCGAGCAGUUUCGGACGCACCAAUCAAUAAUAACUAUGCUCGGGGUCAGGUGGCAGUCUCUGGGACAGUAAAUGAGUCAGCUUAUGUUCUGGCUGAUUGCUGGAGGACGUUGAAUGCAAGCACCUGCAGAACAUGUUUGGAGAAUGCGUCUGCAUCAAUAUUGAGAUGCUUUCCAUGGUCCGAGGGGCGGGCAUUGAACACCGGAUGCUUCAUGAGAUACUCUGACACCAAUUUCCUUAAUCCCAUACCAAGCAAUGGAAGUUCAAGAGGGACAAUCAUAGUGAUUGUAGUUGCUGCUGUAAGUUCUGUGAUUGUUCUGGCAAUCGGGGCUGUAAGUGGAGUUCAUUUCUGCAAGCAUAGGAAGAUACAAAAGAAAAGAAGAGGUUCAAAUGAUGUGGAGAAAUUGGCAAAGACCCUUCAUGACAGUAGCUUGAACUUCAAAUACUCUAUACUUGAGAAAGCCACAGGUUCUUUUGAUGAAGCCAACAAGCUUGGGCAUGGAGGAUUUGGAACCGUUUACAAGGGAGUUCUACCAGAUGGUAGAGAGAUUGCUGUGAAGAGGCUGUUCUUCAACAACAGGCACAGGGCAGCAGAUUUCUACAAUGAAGUUAACAUUAUUAGCAGUGUUGAACACAAAAAUCUAGUCAGGUUGUUAGGUUGCAGUUGUUCGGGACCUGAAAGCCUUCUUGUGUAUGAAUUCUUGCCAAACAAGAGCCUUGAUCGAUUCAUCUUUGGUAAGUAA